AUGCACACAGAACAGAUGCGAAGGCUGUUGCCAUCGCUGCUAUCGGCGACGACGAUGAAAUGCGAGGAAGAGAGGAGUGCUAGACGGCUCCGAGGAGGCAUCUCAGCCAAAGUAUCUAUCUCUGCUCCGCCGCUGCCGCCCUUAUUUUGCACCUCUGGUGCUCUUCUACGCGUGCGUUUCGCAGUUCACAGAGAAAGGCCAGCGCGGAAGGGACACUACAACAAGCCGCAGAGACAACGGUUACAUCGUUGGAAUGGAAGAUGA